ACCUCUAGUGUGUCUACGUGCCACUACGAACUGUUUCUUGGCUUCCCGAACCACAGUAGACUACUAGCCAAAUCCUACACUUGAAUCGAUGUGAGCUACUUGAUGGAAGAGCUAAAAGAUUAAUCUCUUCGUUGUGUAUACCCGACCUUUUCCUUGCCAUGUUUUGUUAUAAGUACUAGUACACUCAUUCCACGACUGACUCGUCUGUUGUAGCAGUUAGAAAUUCUUGCAUGUGACAUUGUUGUGAUUUUUUUAGUCAAGAUUUUUUAAUUAUACUAGGUAGUAGGAUGCGUAGUUCUUUUGUAUUUCUAUCCUGAUUUUUACGGAUCUCGUCGUGGUCUCAGUCCUUCUCCUUCUUGAUAAUCCGUGUAAUUAAAGCAUAGGCGGAUCCGAAAAAUUUCUACGUGGAUAGAAACACUGAAGAUACAUUUUUGGUAGUGUCUGACUUUCGGUAUCUUGUGUUUUUGGAAAAAGACAGUCAAUAUUCAUCCAGGCAAGGUUUUAGUGAAAUCGUUACUUAUGAUCCGCCACCUCUUCGUCCUUUCGUUACAGUAAGAGUGAGUAACCCUAUGAUCUCCACUCAUUUCCAGUAUUCCACUUCUGAUAAUUCCUUUUUAUCACUCGUCGAUCUUAUUGACUAAUAUUGCCAGUAUUCUAUCCUUAUCACUAUGCAUGCAUAACUGACUCCUCUCUGACUGUUGAACAUCUAUUUUUAUCAAGAUUAGGAUACGCCUCCCCGUGCCUCUAAAAUAUCUUCAUUUAUUUUACCUCUGAAUCUGAUCCAUUUAUUUUACCGUAGAACACCGAAGAGACAACUCAGGGAAGUCGUAGGUCCAAUCCGAAUCGACUAACAUCGUCGUCGCCUCUGAGUUUGAUAUCUACAGCUGGUUUUAAUUGCAGAUAUGUCGCAAGUUCAAGGGUCUUCCUCGGGAGAUCCCGGGACGAAGCGUCCCUCGGCAUCAUCGUCUGCUGGCGCGAAACGGCCAUCCACCGGCUCAGUGAAGAGUUCCUCAAGUACUACAAAGAAGCGAGCCUCUACGUCUUCGAGUACAGGACCUGCCACUGGCGACCAGCCUUCAUCAGCAGGAGCUCCUUCGAAAAGAGUUAGUGGAACUAAAGAUGCUGGUGCUGGUGCUGGUGGAGAAAAGAGUAGUGGAACCACUCCAAAGAGUGCAGCGUCUACGUCGCAAAACAAGAGUAAAGAGGACUCCACCACCGUCCCUGAUUUGACAAAUGAACCAGCGAAGCUGCCUUUGAUUACACAAGAGGAUGUGGAUGCUGGCAUGGAGGGCAUGGAUAAUGCAACUACAGAUUUAGUCGCGGACUUUUUCGAGAAGAAAUUUUUCGUCCCUGAAAAUUGCGCGAAAAAGAUGGGCUUCACGUUUCGUGGUUCUAUCAUCAACAAAUUAGCACCCGACACUUGGGCUUGGGACAUGGGUCUCCGACUUGGAGACGAGAUCGUGCGUGUCCAGACCGACUUCGUCGACGAAGAUCAAAUCACGGAAAUUCAUACGCGCAAAAUACCAGGCAAGGAGUCUGAACAGGUCUUUUUCACAGAGUUCGCAAACCUGAGUAUGAAACAAAAGAUUGUGCGGUUGAAGCGCAGAGGGGGAGUAGGGUUCGUGAUUACGCGAAAACCUUUGGCGAUAGAUUUGCACAGAUACGCGAGUCGAAUGCAGGCAGGCUUCAGAGCGCGAAAAAUGCGUGCAAUGAUUCAGCCUUUGCUGGAGCAAAAGCGGCAAGAGCAGUACGAAGAGCGCAUACGUGCGUAUACGGAAAAAUUGGAAGAGCAUGCAAUGAAAUACGGAAUUCAACCGCAUGUGCCGUUCCAAAUCCACAGAACGGAGAAGUCUUUGAGUCGCUUUCCAGAACUGAGAGAAGGAAAACAGUACCCAGAAGCGCUGGAGCCCAUAGCGGAUUGGGCGGCUUCAGGUCCAGUAGAUGCUGUGCAUCGUGCAAGUAACCGCAGUAGUGGGAGGAGCUCAAUUAGGAGCUCGACGUCUUCUAUGUGGGGUGGUGCAGGGUGGAACUCCGGAACAGAUACGAGGAAAAACUCUAUCCACUUGGAAAUCUCAAAUUUCAGUACAUCAUUGACCCGAUCAUCUGUGUCUACACCUGGGAACGGAAGACAAAGCCAGCUAGCCUUGAGGGAUGAUGGAAGACAAAGUCAGCUAGCUGCACUGAUGGACGACGGCUCCGCUAGUAGACCACCAUUUAUUCCGCCAAGUAGAGGCGUCAAUGGGGAAGGAGAAUCUGCCAAGAAGCGACUACUGGAUGACAGAGCAAUUAUGUCUGAAGAGGAGCGCAAUGAUCCUCGUGAUGUGGAUUUAGACGCGCAAGCCGCACCACCGACACCAAUGGGGAAACCUGGAAUUUCGCGUCAGGAAUCGGACAGCUUUAGAACUGAGCUUGAAGACUCGAUUCCUCUGCAAGAAUCGAGCAGGUUUAGGACGCCUAGCGAAAGGAGAUCGCGUGGUCGGUCACCGAUCAGUAGCGUCAAAGUCCACAAGUUUUUUGACGUCGAAAAAUACACAACUGGUGCUGGACGCAGCAGUAGCGACGCAAGGCCUCGCGCGCAAAGUGUGACUAGCACUGGAGACUUCUUUGGAAGGACGUCAUUGAAUCUAUUCUCUGGGUUGACGUCAUCAAGCUCCACGACUACUGGUGUAACAACGACAACUACCGGUGCAGCUGGAGGGGCUGUAAACUCUUCUAGUACAACAACUACGAUAACAAGCGGGACGACAACAAAUGCAAGACCAGCAUCGCGCAGUGGCUCUGUGGUUAUGCAAAGCCCAACGAUGACAUCCACUUCUGCCCGACGAAAUUUAUCUCCCGCCACAGGGACAAGAAUAGUGCACAGCAGUGGACUCUCCAAUGUCCUCAAAACCAACAGCUACAGCAUGAACCUGAAUCCGACGUCCUCGAGUAUUUCUGCAGCAACAACUACUCAACAAGGGCCUGGACGAGGAAUUGCCACGACGAGGACGACGACUCUAGUUGCAGUAGAGUCGUCUGCGUUAGUAGGAGGUGCCGGAGGAAGAGAAAGUACAAGUAGGACCUCAACUACUAUUUUUUCGUCAGUUCCGAGACCGAAGCGUCCCAGUAGUCAGGGAGCUUCUAGCACUAGAGACGAUAUGAUUUCGAAAUUGGAGUCGGCGCUUUUGUCUUUGGACGUGUGGGAAGAACAUCGAAUGUCAAAGCAGGCGCAGCUUAGUGUCAAAAUUUUGGACCACGUGAUGGGCGGAGCGACUAGUGAGGAGGUUUUGCAACGUCAAGACUUCACGACUGGUAUGAACACGCGCAUUAAUGCGUCAACUUCAGCAAAUUCAAGGUCGUCAAAGUCGUCAAAGAUCAAACGCAGAGAGUCUGCGGUACAGCGAAAAGAGAAGAGAGCUCUCGAUCACGAAGAAGAGGUUCCUGAUGAACACGAUGAACGGUCUGCGUUAUUUGAACACGAUGAUGCAGUUGGUGGCCCGGCUGCAACUGGUACAACAACCACGGCAAGUGGAGUCUUGCUGCGGCCAGUGCAUUGCCAGAGUGAUAGCAGCAGUCUUGCCAGUGAGAUCGAAGGUGCAAGCAAAGAUACAGCAGUGGCAGUAACUAUGAUGGGGGACCACGAUGGGCAAGAAAGUAUCUCCUCCAAGGCAACGAAGAUUCCUACUGCCAGAACCGUUGCUUCAACAACUGCUAGUAUCGCAACUGGAGCUACUGUGGGAAGUUCGAUGACAUCUUCUCGUUCAUCAGGUGGAUCUGGAGGAAAUACUGGUGCUUCUAGAAAAGCUCCAGGGUCGGCGUCGAAUGGUCCCGACCCAGGUAGAAUUACCUAUGAGUCGCCCUUUCAGCUUCCCGAACGCUGGGUACGAGAUUGGGAGCGACGACAAUUGCAGAAAGCAAACAGCUAUGCACCGAUUGCUUUGCCUGCUGGUGCUGCGUCGCGUGAUACGGCUAUUUCAGCUGCUACAACCUGUUGGACAACAGCAACUUUAGCUAGACUAAUCCGUCACUGCCAAUUGAAUCCGGACACUCCCUUGCAUCCAAACUUGCUCAUGCGAUUGCUCUCGGACGUGUUGCCUGUGUUGAAAGCAAAGUACACGAGGAGGAAGCGCUCGAACAGCUGUGGUAGAGGUAAUGGAGGUGAAAGUUCAUCUAAGAAGUUGCCAGCGUUGAUUCAUCACGUAGGAGUAGGACGAAAAAGAUCAAAGAGCAGCAGCAGUGUGGGGACGAGUGACGAAGAGUUCGAGGGUAAUCUGUUGUCUUCUGAUGUCGAAGAUGAUGCGAGAAUUUUACAACAGCGACAGAGCUCCAAGGAAGCCUCGGAGUUAGAACAGGGAAAAUUUGCGCAAAGCAGAGGCCCUGGCCCAGUUUCCUUGGGAACUAGAGUUCUGCCACCGAAAAUCGCAGCGGGAGGCGGCUCAAGUGGGACAAAUUCUGGUGGCUCACCUAUCACAGCGACUGCACAAAGUGGACGAGGAUCUUCUCAAGCAGAUGAAGGGACUUCAUCGUCCCCUUCAAGAAGGAUAGUUGUUGGGAGUCUGCGUGGUCAAUUACAUGACCUGUUGUGGAUCUUCUACAAGAACGGUCUGCCCAGCGAAAGCAUCGGAUACGUCUUCAAUGGUGACAUAGUUGGCUAUCCGGGUUACUACAGCGUGCAAAACCAAGACUUGCAAACGGGCACAAGCACAGCUGCAAACGGGAGCCGGUCGGCGUAUGUAGCUCAGCACGGUGCAACGGCGACAGGAGGAGCUGCAGGAGGUUCGACGUCCACUACAACUACUGGUCAGAAAGUGAUGCCUUCCUCGAGCUCAGCCUAUCAAUCAAGCCAGCAAGGACCUCCAUCUGUUCUUGGAGCCUCUGGAGCUACAGGAGCCGAUGGUGAGAACACAAGUUCAGGAGCACUGAGUGGAUUUCUGCCCUCUUUUAGCUCUCUACUGUUUGGUGGCGGAUCUAGUACAGCGACGCAGGGGAACGCAGGAGGAGCUUCAAAUCUUCGUAGUUCCGGGCGGCCAAUGGCGGGUAUGUCACUCCUAGGAGCUUCGUCGAGAACAGCAACGGACAGCAAUGCUUCCUCCAAUGGGGCUGUUGAUGCUUGCUCCAAUGGAGCUGUGAGUCCGCCUGUUCCUGGUACGCGACCUUUGCCUGUGAUGAUCUCAACGUCACCAGUACCUGCGCCAGUGCACAGCCGCCAAUUAGCCGGUUUUAGCUAUGCCACAACGCCGUCCAUCUCGUCGGCUUCUCUUGGCACCACAGGUACAACUGCUGGAAAUGCUAACUUUUUAACCAAAAGUACAGCUUUCGUACCCACUAUGGCUUAUGGCGCAAAGAGUGGCCCUCAGCAUGGAGGAUUAGAAAAUGAAUCGAAUAGUUUGAGUCCUACAUCGCUUGCUCUGAGCAUGCUGAGCGAAAAUGCCGCGUCUGUAGUUACCGCGGCCUCCGCACAGCAGUUGCAACAGAACCUCGCUUACCAGCAACUGCAGAAGCAGAAGCAGGCACAGCACGCGACCGAAAUGUUCGCUAUUUUGUUCACUAGUAUGCUUCUACAUCCAGAGUCGGUGGAUUUGAAUCGCGGGAACUACGCUGCUUACGCUUGCGGCCUGUACCACGAACUCGUUCGCAAAUACGGUACAAAACUCGGAGCCCGCUUGUUCCUGGCUUUCCUGCGCGUUUACAGCUACUUACCCAUAGCUACCGUAGUCGAUCGCAGGGUCUUAGUGACUCAGGGUGGCCUGUCCUCCGCAAGAGACGAAGAAGCCUUCCUGAGGAUCUUGCGGAACAAGUGCUGCAUCUCACACGUACAACGUGAAAAAUUGAAUCAGUUGGGAUUGGAGUCGGCGACCACGAGAGGAACUAAAAAAAACAGGAUGCUGGAUGAUGUGGACAUGGAUCUCGUGAACUUCGACAUGGAUGGCUGCACUCCACGUGAGGACGAAACACUUGCAACAAGCCUAGCUUUAGAUUUUAGAUGGAGCAAGCAGGGUCACGACCAGAGUUGUAAGUGUACAACAAGACCGUUGAGCGAUUCGAGUAACUCCUACUAUCAACACAACUAUACUUUUGAGGAGGAAGCCCUCGUGGAGAGGUAUCUUGAGGAGCAUGCGGAGAUCAUGGCCAUCGUGCGGUCACAUAACCCUUGUCGAGAUGGAGUGGCUAUCUCAGCUGGUGGAGCAUUGGUGUCUCUUUUUUCUGCAUGCAACUACCAAGGGUGGUUGGGGAAUUGUGGAGCACUGUUGGUGGUGGAUAGGGAUCAUGCUCCAGAACCUGGCUCUCCAGUAUCUGCUGGACCACAGUCGCCUCAGAUGCCAGUGACACUACCCGCGCGUCCAAGACCGCGCGCUUUAUCGCAAGUCGGGGCAAUCAGUGCAGGAGCUACUGGUGGAGGUGUAGAGCAGCAGGGAGCAGAAGGUGCAGUUGUACCAGCUGGUCGUAGGACAAGUACGAGUUUUCUAUCAACAACUACACUGCAACAGCUUGGGAACUGGAGCGUUGGCCGUAGCAUCAACGGCGCAGCAAAAGGUGUGAAAAAGAAUGAUACAUCUUCAACGAAUGAUAUAACUUCUACAUCAGCCGCGGCGGCGCUUGUUGCUCCUGCGCCAGAACCAACACCAAGUAUUCAAGUCGUUUCUUUCUUCACGCCUUCGUUCGAAACGAUGAAACAGAUCGACGUUGCUGGCUCCACCGCAACCACACUAGCCACGAUAGAGCGAAGGAAGGUGACCGCUUCGCAGCUAGAGGUAACUGCCCUGAAGGCUAUGCAACAGCAGGUGCAACAACAAGGUUCGGGAACAGCAGGUUCUCCAACUACAACAUCAACUACGAGCUCCAGUGCUCGGUUAGACCGCCUGAUGUUCGAAGUAAAAACGAGGCUUGCACGAUUAAUGGCCGAAAACGCGUCGUUUUUGGGACAAUUCUACAAAGAGGCAAGUGUGGAUGGAAGGUUUAUCAAUGUAGAAGAUUGGGCAGAGGGAGUACGGAAAGUGUUAGCGACUUGUCCGCCUUUGGCUAGAGCGUUAAUGUUGAACAAGAAUACAACAUCAAAUACAAGAGGUGGCACUGAUAUUUCGCCAUCUUCGUACUAUGGAGUAAAUCCGAUGAUGACCAAGCCAGGAACUACAGCUUCAACUUGUUCUACCUACACUAGCACUAUGAAUCUGGAAUGGGUCGAUGCAGUUGCGCAUUUGUUUUCUCUGGAAUUAGGCAGACCCGUCGAUUUCCGAAAGCUUUUACAACGCUUUCAAGUUCGUUCUCGCUUGCAUCGGGGCAUGAACGUACUGGGGAAAGCGAAAGACGAGAACGACGUUGCACGAGCACCUGGAAGAGAAGCGAGAACCAAUACUGGUGCCAAUAUUCUUGCAAAUGGUGGAGGUGCGGGAACAAAUGACGGGAUUGCCAACAAAAACUCCUCAACAGAUGUGAAAGACCAGAACGGAGCAGGACCACCAGCUGUAACUGCACAGAGCAAAGCUGGGCUACCACUUCCAGCACCGCAAGGAGGUCUGCUCAAGAAUUAUCGCACAUCAAGUGGAGAUGGGGUUGAAGAUCCCACACUCACCCCGACAAGCAGUGUGCCUCACUCACCCGCCGUGUCUGGGGCAGCAGGCACGCGUGAAGGUAGUCAGUCACCACAGCCAUUCCUAGCUAUUGGCAUAGGCCUAGGCGAAAGGGAAAGUAGCAAUAAAGCUACCACCAGCACGGAUCAUAGUACUAAUAGUAGUAGUACGGCUAACACAUCAAACACUGCAGCAAGUGCAAGUGCAGUUCCGUUCUCUACUUCCUCAGCGGCUCUUCCCAAGCGCCCUAGCCGUCCAAAAGCAGCGCCCGCAGCUAGUAUUCUUGCUGGACGUAGUACAAGUGGCAGUGGUCUAACAGCAAGAGCAACGACCACGACGCCAUCUUUGGAAAUGUGGGAGUUAUCUGAGCUCUUGUUCCGCUUGCGGUGGAGCAUUACGCAAACCUGCGUUUUGUGGGACAGCACAGGGACUGGAAGAAUACGCAGAGACGACUUUGCGAAGAUGCUGCUGAUGUUUUUGAGAGAGGAGUUUCAUCAACUUCAAGGUGGAGUAGGUGGUGAUGUUGUAAAACUACAAUUUUUACCAGACGUCGCUGAAACUACAAGCUCUUCCUCCAGGCAGCAACUGUUGGGAGUAAUAUCAGAUCAUCUUAGAGUGUUGCAGGAGAACUGUGUGCCAGGUAACGAGCGGCCCAGAAACCGCGGAGAAGAUCAUUGCAAAUACCUGGACAUCCUGUAUUCGGUCGCACUCUUUGAUUUGAUGACAACGGGGCAAUCGCAGUAACAAAAGGGAGGAAAAAUGGAGUCUUGUGAUUCGUUUGGGGCGAUGUAGUUGUAGACUUGAUAGAGAAA